CUAGAUUUGUUUUUUAUUUUGAUUUUGUUAAAUAUAUAAAGUUGGUUCACGCGUGAGUUUCGUGCGUCGUCUCUUUGUCUCUCUGCUGCUCUAGCCGUUCCCUUUUCAGGAGUUAGAGCAAACAAAAAUGGAUCUCCGAAAAUCAAAAUCAAUGAGAUGCCAAACAGACGUUGCUCUCAGCAUCACGAAGAAAUUAUUCUCAAAACAAGAAUAUCAGGACAAGAACCUCAUCUUUUCACCCUUCUCUCUCCACCUUGUUCUUAGCGUCAUGGCUGCUGGUUCCAAUGGCUCCACACUCGACCAGCUUCUUUCCUUCCUCCGAUCUAACUCCACCAAUCAUCUCAACACUUUCUUCUCUCAACUUCUCUCCGUUGUGCUCUCCGAUUCCGAUGUCGUUGCUUUUGUCAAUGGAAUGUGGACUGAUAAGUCGUUUUCCCUUACCCAUUCUUUUAAACAACUUGUGGCUACUCAUUACAAGUCCACUCUGGAUUCAGUUGAUUUUCAGACCAAGGGUGAGCAAGUGCGCCAUGAUGUGAAUUUGUGGGUUGAAAAAGAGACCAAGGGCCUCAUUACAGAGCUUCUUCCUUCCGGGACAGCAGACCAGUCAACCAGGCUCAUCUUUGCAAAUGCAUUGUACUUCAAGGGGGCGUGGAAACACGAAUUUGAUGCUUCAAGAACCUUCCGUGAUAAAUUUUACCUCCUUAAUGGCACCUCAGUCACGCUUCCCUUCAUGAGAAGCAAGGAGAAGGAGCAGUUUAAGUAUAUUAGCGCUUUUGAUGGUUUCAAAGUCCUCCGUCUUUCUUAUAAACAAGGUAGAGAUAAAAAGCGCAGAUUCUCCAUGUACAUUUUCCUUCCAGAUGCAAAAGAUGGAUUGCCAACUUUGAUUGAAAAGUUGACUUCAGAAUCUGGUUUCUUGAAAGGCAAGUUUCCUCGGAAAAAAGCACGAAUAGGUCUCUUUAGGAUUCCAAAAUUUAAGCUUUCUUUUGAACUUGAAGCUUCUCAUGUGCUGAAGGAGCUGGGAGUGGUUUCUCCUUUCUCUUCAUGUGAUGCGGAUUUUACAAAAAUGGUGGAGGUGAACUCUCCUUUGGAUAAAUUAUACGUGGACAGCAUAUUUCACACUGCUUUCAUUGAGGUGAAUGAAAAAGGCACUACAGCUGCAGCGGCCACUGCUAUGGUUGGGGCCCUGAGAUGUCGGCCUUCGAUUCCGGCUGGUAUAGACUUCAAAGCUGAGCACCCUUUCCUCUUCUUGGUCAGAGAAGAUUUUACUGGAACAAUCCUCUUUGUUGGGCAGGUGCUCAAUCCUCUUGAUGGAGCAGCAGCCACCGAGGAGGAGAGUGAGAAAGAGUCUACUGAUUAUGAUUUUAGUGAUUAUACUAGAUUUGAUUCGGAUCUUCAAUCGGAGGAUGAAGAUGAAGGUGAUGACGAUGAUGAUAAGCUUGAGGCUCCACCAUAGAGGAAGAGGUCAAGUAAAGUAAAGAAUGAGGAGGAGGAAGAAUUUUAGCAAGGCUUUUCAACUAGGUUAAAGCUUAUUUUUUAUUGGUGGGUUGAAUGAAACCUGCGUUCUGAAAUUUUAAUUUUAUAUUUGAAGUAGUUUGUAGGUUGGUAUAUCUUAUGCUUAUGCAUUGUUACUAUUUCUGAUGCCCUUAAAUUGUUGGCGGAUUAGAUUUUUUUAUUGGCUCUUUUAUUGCAAUUACAUGUUACUGGUGCUUCAUGUCUAUUGGACUUGUCGUUUGUGAAUGUUGGUGAAUUUCCCCGUUCUUCAUGUAUGCAUGAAUGGGAAACUAUUUAUUUAUUACUCCAUUUGGGAUAGGA